UUGGCACUCAAGUGAAAGUUUAAAAAAUACAUAAAAUUUAUCUUACACCAAAACAUUAAAGUCAUGAAAUAUCUCAAAAAUUACAAUUCACAUUCACAUCAAUAAAGAGGAAGCAAGAACUAUAUUUUGCUCGGGAGUUAAAUUCCAAUCACGAGAUGUUCCAAGAGAGAUAGAUAAUUAAACGAGUUUUCUCUUUUUCUUUCUCUUUUGAUUAUAAAUAUAAUUAAGUAAUUAAAGGUUCUGAGAAUCAAUAAUAGAAGAGGCUUAUCGCAUGUUUGCUUCACGCAAACAACCAAAUGUGAGAGAGAAAGAGAAGAGAGAGAGAUCGUUUUUUUUUUAUGGUUUAGCUUUGUCGUCGCGUGGCUUUAAAGACUUUCUUCUCUAUACUCUCCUCUUUACGAAGCCCUAAUUCUCCUCUUUUCAUUCGGUUUUCUCAAUUUUUCUCUCUUCUCUACAACACCAAACAUAAAAUCCAUAAAAAUAUUCUCACAAAUUAAUACAAGAGAGAGAGAGAGAGAGAGAGAGAGAACAAGAACUCGUUAACGUGGGGUUUGUGACAAUACCGUGUUGCUUACAGGGUUGUCAUGAGCGGCGGUGGAAACACACUCACCUCCAUGGGAGGUAGUGGUUGUGGUGGAGGAAGUAGCGGCAGUGGAGGAGGAACUAGUGGCGGUGGUGGUGGUGGGCCUUGUGGUGCUUGUAAGUUUCUAAGGAGAAAGUGUGUUCCGGGUUGUAUAUUCGCACCUUACUUCGACUCUGAGCAAGGCUCGGCUUAUUUUGCGGCGGUGCAUAAAGUUUUCGGAGCCAGCAACAUCUCAAAACUUCUAUUACACAUACCCGUUCAUCGACGGUCCGAUGCAGUUGUAACCAUUUGCUAUGAAGCUCAGGCUCGGAUAAGGGACCCUAUCUAUGGUUGCGUCGCUCACAUCUUUGCUCUUCAGCAACAGGUGGUCAAUCUACAGGCAGAAGUCUCUUACGUACAAGCCCAUUUGGCAUCUCUAGAGCUACCUCAACCACCACCACCACCACCACCUCGGCCUCAAUCGCAACCACAACUGCUCUUCUUAACUCCCCCACCACUUUCCAUAACAGAUUUACCUGCAUCAGUCUCACCAUUACCUUCAACAUACGACUUAGCUUCUACCUUCGAUCAUGCAGCGUCUCCUUCGUCGUGGGCAACACAACAGCGAAGAUUCGUUGAUCCACGCCACCAAUACGGUAGAUCAUUGCCAUCUUCUUCAGCAACCUUAGGGCUAGGUGGUGGAAACAGUGACCUUGAAGCAUUAGCACAUGAGCUCCUACAUAGACAAGGAUCUCCUCCACCUACGGCUACCGAUGACUCGCAGUCUCGGACUAAGUCUAGAUGAGUUUGGCUGUGAUCGAUAUUUAUCUCCCUUUCUUUUUUAGCAAAAAUAAAUUACUACUCAAUAAGUUUUAGAAUAUUAUAAGGACUUUUCUAACAUUUACCUAUAGUAUUGUAUUUUCCCUUCUUUUUAUUUCCGCUUAUUCUUCUUUGCUGUAUUUUUCACCUGAAAUGCGAAUACAUAAUCAUACA